ACGUCAAGCAAAUCACGUGACUGGUAGCACUGCAUUAUGGUCAAACAAACAAAGCAUAAUAUGAUAUUAUGCUGAAUCGUACAGCCAGUCUUAUUGGAUUUUAAUGCGAAAUACACACAAUUUGAAUUAUUCGUUGGAUACGUAACGAAUAAAGCCUUGAAUACACUUAUUUGAAAAGGAAAUGUCAGCUACGGUAAAUAAACCUGACGGUGAUAGCUCCAUCUCCGGUUCCGACGAUGAAACUGCGUCAAAUGUAAAGAGCAACGACACUUCAAAUGUUAAGAAAGAAGAACAUCUCAACUCUCUAUGUAAAUAUGAACUGCGACAUGACAUAGUUUAUGAUGUUGAUGUUUACAUGCUAAAACGAGUCUGUAAAUGUAAGCAAGCUUUUGAAGAUAGAUCGGAAUUAUUAGAAGAAAAGGAGCUAGACUUAGGAGAAUGCGACGGGAAAGAAAUUCAUUUCUCUUCGACGUGUGAGUGGGUGCAAAGUCCCAUGAAAGGAGGGGCGAAAUAUAUCCUUACUGCUAGUUGUAAUUGUAAGAGGAAAGAGCAACAAUGCACACAUCAAACAAGUGCAUCAAUUAAUAAAGUCCAAAGUAAUACAGAAUGAAGGAAAGAAUACAACUAUUAUAGAUUCCUCAAAUAGCCACACUGGAAACACAUUUAUCUAUUCCGUUUGUAUAUAAAAACAAUAACAAUGUUCCAUGCUAACCAUAAUCAAAUGCAUGGUCAAUAGAAACACAUCAUAGCGAAGUAAUCAGACGAUUCUAGCUCUGCUACUGAGGGAUUAAUAAAAGGCAAAUUAAAUUUUGAAAUCAUAUUUGUUUUAAAGAGAAAAAUUAAAAUAAAAAUUUGGACCAAUUCUAUAGUAUAACGACAUGAAAACAAUUGUUGAACUAGUUGAUAUUUUGUUACUUUUUUCUGUUGAUAUCAAAAUUUGUUAACUCGUCAUAAAUAAUGCACGAUAUAUUUUUUUGUCACACGACUUAGCGAAACAAGGCAUGGUUUGUUUAUAUUGAUAACUACAGUGACGAUAUUGACAUAAUGCUGAUAUUGAAUAUAUAUCUUUAAGUAUAACCAUUAAAAAAAUUAAGUCAUUUUAUUUUUGCUUUUAUAUAUGGUGGUUUGUAAUUGUACAAACCUUAAUUAUUGAUAUCACAAUGAUACUUAUGAUAUAUUAUAUAAUAAGUAAUACUUUAUUAGAUUAAUAAAAUAAUAUCAAAUAUAAACAUUAAAAAUAUCCUGAAAAACCAUUGUAUCACCAACAAAAGUUUGGUUGUCUCCCUUUUUCCGUGAAAUUCUUUAAAGGAGAUACUCACAUAACGGUUUAUUUUUACGCAGGUAUCGGAUAAUAUUCAGUAUUCUAGCGACUCAUUUACGGAAAAUCACCUAAUCAUAUUUAUUAUUUAUUUUAUAAUCUCUAAUUUUCUGUAUCUUAGUUACCAAAUGCUACAUACAAUUUAUGGCCCUGAAUUAUAAAUACGAGAUUGCUUAAAUAAAUGAGCAUCAUUAUGUUGUUACCUCCCCUGCAUCAAUCUGAUCUUUUUAUGUGACUUUUUUAACUUCCUUAAAUUUGAUUUGAUUAGCCAUAUAUUUACGGCAAUAAUUCUAACAACAAUCUCCGCUAAUUUUUAAUAUAAUUAAUUUAGCAAAUUUUCAAACAUGUAUCAUUUAACAUCAUGAUAUUUAUGGAUUGAAAAAGAAGCAUGACACUUAUAUCAAUUCAUUUCCAUGGUGGAGUUCCGUCUUUAUUAUUUCCUUUUAUAUGAUCAGUGCGUGUUUUAACUUUCCAUUUUCGUCUUAAUUAACACAUAUGGUAUUAUUUGGUUUCGAAAUUUGAUUAAUUUUGUUUUAAAUAAAAAAAGUGUAGAAGAGUGUAAUACAAAUAGUUGUGCCACAUAGUUGCCAUGAAAUAAGAUGUUGAAAAUCCGGAAUUAUGAAUCGAAACGAUUUGAUGCUUCAAUGAAGCCCUGGAUAGGUGUGAAAAGAUUUU